CUCAGCCGCCUCUGAGCGGCUGGAGGGAGCAGCCGGUGUCUCCGCUUCGCCGGGCGGGCCACUUCCCCGAGACCCCGCACCUCUCCCCCGGCGGAGCGCUCCCUCUGCGCCCCUCCGGGUACCCCUGGCUCCAACCUCGCGCAGCGACAUGGAAGAAUUUUUGCAGCGUGCCAAGUCCAAACUGAAUCGAAGCAAACGCUUGGAGGAAGUCCAUGUGGUUAUUGGACACAAAUCAUGUGACUUGGAUUCUCUCAUUUCUGCCUUCACAUAUGCAUACUUUCUAGACAAGGUCAGUCCACCUGGGGUUCUCUGUCUGCCAGUACUGAACAUCCCAAGAACUGAAUUCAACUAUUUCACCGAGACAAAGUUUAUUUUAGAAGAGCUAAAUAUCUCUGAAUCAUUCCAUAUAUUCCGAGAUGAAAUUAAUCUGCAUCAGCUAAAUGAUGAAGGGAAGUUAUCUUUAACACUCAUUGGCAGCAACGUGCUGGCCAGUGAGGACAAAACUUUAGAAUCAGCGGUUGUCAAAGUCAUUAAUCCAGUUGAGCAGAGCGACACUGGGUUUGAGUUCCAAGAGUCUUCCUCCUCCCUUGUGGUGAAAGAGAUUCUCCAGGAGGCUCCCGAGCUCAUCACCGAGCAACUGGCUCAUCUCCUCAGAGGUAGCAUCCUUUUCCAGAGCCUGACCAUGGAAUCAGAGAAGAUCUCAGAGAGACAGGAGGAAACCCUCUCCAUCCUGGAAGAGAAAUUUCCUAAUUUGCCUCCAAGAGAAGAUAUCAUCAGGGUCCUGCAGGAGACCCAGUUCAGUGCUCAGGGUUUAAGUAUUGAGCAGACAAUACUGAAGGAUCUAAAGGAACUGUCAGAUGGAGAAAUAAAAGUAGCCAUUAGUACCGUGAAUAUGACCCUGGAGGUAAGGAACUGUGUGUUUCAUAGGAAUAUCACCAGUGAUCUGAAAGCAUUUACAGACAAGUAUGGUUUCGAUGUCCUCAUCCUCUUGGCCAGCUACCCGUCAGAGGAGCAGCAGCCGAGACGACAGAUUGCCGUGUUUUCCGAGAACCUAGAGCUGUGCAGCCAGAUUUGCUGUGAACUGGAAGAGUGUCAGAACCCCUGCCUAGAACUGGAGCCCUUUGAGUGUGGCUCUGAUGAGAUACUGGUGUACCAGCAGGAAAACCCUUCUGUGACCUGCGAUCAAAUUCUUCUCCUUGUCAAGGAAGUCAUCAAUAGGAGGUGUCCAGAGAUGGUCUCUAACAGCCGGACUUCCUCCACAGAAGCUGUGGCAGGCAGUGCCCCACUCUCCCAGGGGUCUUCUGGGAUUAUGGAGUUGUAUGGUUCUGACGUAGAGCCACAGCCCAGCUCUGUAAAUUUCAUAGAAAACCCUCCAGAUCUCAACGAUUCUAACCAAGCUCAGGUGGAUGUCAACAUGGACCUUGUUAGCCCAGAUAGUGGGUUGGCCACCAUUAGGAGCAGCCGUUCAUCCAAGGAGAGCUCAGUUUUCCUCAGUGAUGACAGUCCAGUAGGAGAAGGUGCUGGGCCUCACCACAGCCUCCUUCCAGGGUUUGACUCUUAUAGCCCCAUCCCUGAAGGGGCAGUAACUGAGGAGCAUACACGGUCCGGUGAACAUGACAAACAUUUUGAUCUCUUCAACUUUGAUCCCACACCCAUGGUUUCUGGGCAGUCCCAGCCAUCUUCCCAUUCUGCUGACUUCUCCCCAGCAGAUGACUUCUUCCCCAACAGUGAUUCAUCAGAAGGACAGCUCCCCACAGGGCCUAAAGGACUUGAUGAGAUAGAGAUCAACAUGUCUAAUUAUUCAUCUAGUUCACUUUUGUCAACGGCUGGCAAAGACAGCCUUGUGGAAUUUGAUGAGGAGUUUGUCCAGAGGCAAGAAAGUCCCAGGGAUAACUCUGAAAGAAAUUUGAACCUGACAGAUUUUGUGGGAGAUGAAUCUCCUUCACCAGAAAGUUUAAAAAAUAUUGGAAAGAGAAUUCCACCGACACCUAUGAAUAGCUUUGUAGAUAGCUCACCAUCCACUGAAGAACGAACCCUAUUCUAUCCAGAAGAUACCAUCCAAAAUGUAGUUGACACAGGCCACUCAGGGCAGCCUCAGUCUCGUGCGAGGUGCAGCAGCUGGUGGGGGGGUUUAGAAAUUGACUCUAAAAACAUUAGGGAUGCAUGGAGUUCCAGCGAACAGGAGUCUGUCUUCCAGAGCCCUGAAUCAUGGAAAGAACAUAAGCCAAGCCCAGCUGAAAGGAGAGCCUCAGAUUCUGUAUUUCAACCCAAGAGUCUUGAAUUCUCAAAAUCAGGUCCCUGGGAGGCUGAAUUUGGUCAACCUGUACUGGGUGGCAGAGAGAAUCAAGAUCAAACUGAAGAAAACUUGCAGCUUCAAAACCUGCCCACUGAGAAAACACAUUUACCGAACGCUUCUCCUCAGGGAACAAACCACCUGAUAGAAGACUUCUCUGCUUUGUGGCAUUCUGAUCGAUCUCCCACAGCGAUGCCUGAGCCAUGGGGAAACCCCACAGAUGAGAGUGAACCAGCGGCUGUAGGCGCAUUUCCUGCCUGGAGUGCAUUUGGUAAAGAAGGUGACACUGAAGCCUUGAAAAAUACCUGGAAUCUGCACCCUGUGAGUGGUGAAACACCUUCUGUGAUGGACCCGAAUGAGUGGGCCAUGGCAAAAAGUGGCUUCUCUUUUCCUGCAGAAGACCUAGUAGACAAUUCGCCCAGUGAUGGAGAUAACGAAGCAACUCCAGAAAUCUGGGGCAAGAAGAACAAUGACUCCAGGGAUAGUAUCCUUGUAUCUGGAAAUUCCAGUUCGAAUCUGGAUCAUGUGUGGAAUCAUUCUAAGUCACCAAAGGAAGACCAGAAUGGUUUACUGGGUCCUCAAAUUAGAGGAAAGGUAUAUGAAAAGGUAGAUUCCUGGAACUUUUUUGAGGAGAGUAUCAAGAAAGGAGGAUCAGACGUUCUAGUUCCUUGGGAAGAUUCUUUCUUAUCAUACAAAUGCUCCGAUUACAGCGCAUCCAACAUAGGGGAAGAUUUGGUGACUUCCCCCUUAGAUACCAACUACUCCACCUCUGACUCUUACACGUCACCAACAUUUGCCGGACAGGAAAAAGAAACUGAAAACAAGUCAUUUGAUAAAGAGGAAGGUUUUGAGUCACAAGUUGCUAACUCCACCGCACAGGAGGCUGAAAUGCCUCCUCAGUCACCACAGGAACCAUCUAGAAAUCGAGUUAGUUCAGGUCCUGGAAACCUAGAAAUGUGGUCUCAUGCAGAUAACAGUUCUGAAAUAAAUACCACUCACAGCCCAGAUAAAGAUUUCCUCCAGAUUGAGCACACAUACGAUAAGAACAUCUCCAUGGAGGAUGACGUUGGGGACAGCAGCCAGUCCAGCUAUGAUGACCCCAGGAUGAUGCAGCUGUACAAUGAAACCAAUCGACAGCUCACACUCUUACACAGCAGCACCAAGUCCCAGCAUGGGGCGCCCGACAACCUCGACUUGUGGAACAGAGUGAUUCUGGAGGACACGCAGUCCACCGCAACGAUCUCGGAUAUGGAUAAUGAUUUGGACUGGGAUGACUGCAGUGGGGGUGUGGCGAUCCCCGGUGAAGGUCAAGUACAAGGAUAUAUGGCUGAAAGUACUGAACCAGAAACCCGGUUUUCAGUGAGACACCUAGAACCGUGGAGUGUGGAGUACCUGGAAGCCAAUCAGGUAGACUGGGAGCUUCCUGUCUCUCCAGAGCCCAGCAAGGACACUGCUCCCGAAGAAUGUCACAUACUGAAUGAGAAAAGUGGACAACUCAUUGCAGACAGCAUUUGGGAUUCUGUCAUGAGAGAUAACGACAUGUCAUCCUUAAUGUUACCCAGCCUAUCACAUAUUACAGAUUCAGAACAAAGCAGAUCAACUCCUGAAACUCCCGGCUCAACAGAAAAAGUUAAAGACAGUGACAUCCCAGACAUGCUUGAUGUCUCUGAAGCCAGUCAGUCCGAAGCACUUACACCUGACCGUGACAACCAGGAUGUGUGGAGGGGAACCUUGCAGGGUGAUGUAGCAUCCUUGGCCACCAGCCUUGAGAGCCCAGGCCAUUUUGGACGUUCAGAUCUAUGGAAAGGUCAUAGCUAUGGGCAAAGUGGAAUUGAGAAGGAAGCCCAUGGCGCCUCUGAAAAGGAGGGCAUUGGUGAGGAGGAGGUGAUAAACUCUGAGGUGGAUAGCGCCUCAGCGAGUCCUAGAAAAGGGGAAGGUGACCAGGAACUCUCUUCUCCAGUUGCAUCUGAGCAUCAAGAAACGUGCAUGGAAUUAGGCAAAAUCAGCUCUCCUUCAGCCACUUCCAGUCCUCAGACUGAGAAACUAGAGGGGAUUUUAGAGCAUGAGAAGGGAACUUAUAAUCUGGAUUCCUGUGAUGUUCAAACAGUAAUGUCUACAAAUAACGUGCAGGCAAAAGAUACCUAUGAAAAGCACCUCCUGAACCAAAGAAAUUUGAGUGAGGCUACUGAAGUUUCAGGUAGGGUGAAUUCAACAGAAAAUAUAUCUUUAUCUGAAAUGGAUCUUGAAGAAAUAGAGAAAUGUAACAUUCUGGAGCCAGAGAGAAUGAAUGAAGUGUCACCUCAUGAAUUUCCCCAAAGCCCCGACAUUUGGCAUGGCCCUAAAGAGAAUGAUGUGCAGGCAAGUUGCACAAGUUCUGAGAUCACCAAGAAUCUUGAAGUUGAGAGUACUGAAAACAGCCUUCCAGGAGCUAGUUCACCUGGAAAUUAUGGCAAAAAUAGUAUUUCUAGUGAGUAUACACAUUCAAGUGCAUCCAGCCCAGAUCUAAAUGAUUCUUCAGCAGCUUUGCUUUCCUGGAGACACAUAUCAAGCACUGAGCACAAUGAGAAAGAGAAUCAAGAUGAUUGGAGUGGACAGAAUCACCAAGAAUCUGAAGCAGUUACCACUGAUGGCCAAGUAGAAUUAAUUCCUGAAAUGAAAGACCUGGAGAAAAACAGAAUGGAAGAGUUUGAGAAGACCUUUGAUCCCAAGGUGCCUAAAUUUUUAGAGAUUUGGAAUUACUCAGCAGAUGGCGAUUCCCUGUCCUCUUUGUCCAGCCCCGAAACAGGCAAAUAUUCUGAAUACUCAGGUGCAUAUCAAGAAAGAAACCUUGUGGUUAGCCAUCAAGAAGAAAACGAAUGUGACACUCCUGAAACUGUGCAGCCGGCGGAUACCAAGUUCAUUUCAACAAGCUCAGGCUCUGACGAUGAUAGUGCAGAUGAUGAAGAGUCAGUGGAGAAAGAGAUCCAUUUGACCACUUGCCAAGAUGCUCGCAGUGAAUCCAGAGCUUGGAACUCGAUGAAUGAAUCUAAUCAGUUCUUGACCACAUCUGAUCUCAACAUUCAGGAAUAUUCUGAACAUAUAGGCAGUUCAGAACCAGCAGAGAGUGAGAAUAAGUCAAGCCCAUUUUAUGAUGAUCAGCAAAGCAGUCCUGAUCAUUGGAAUUUAUCACCACAAUUAGAUUCAUUGAAUGAAUCUAAUAAGCUCUUGGCCACAGCUGAACCCAGUGUUCAGGAAUAUGCUGAACAUAUAGAAAGUUCAGAACCAGCAGAGAAUAAGUCAGACCCAUUUUGUGAUGAUCAGCAAAACAGCCCUGUUCCCUGGAAUUUAUCACCACAAUUACAUUCAUUGGAUGAAUCUAGUAAGUUCUUGGCCAAGGCUGAUCCCAGCGUUCAGGAAUGUUCUGAAUAUGUAGGCAGUUCAGAACUAGGAGAGGAUGAGAAUAAGUCAAGUCCAUUCCAUGAUGAUCAACGAAGCAGCCCUGAUCCCCGGAAUUUAUCACCACAAUUAGAUUCAUUGGAUGAAUCUAGUAAGUUCUUGGCCAAGGCUGAUCCCAACACUCAGGAAUGUUCUGAAUAUGUAGACAAUUCAGAACCAGCAGAGAAUGAAAAUAAGUCAAACUUGUUCCAUGACGAUCAACAAAGCGGCUCUGAUCACUGGAAUUUCUCACCACAGUUAGAUUCACUGAAUGAAUCUAGUAAGUUCUUGGCCACAGCCAGUCCCAACACUCAGGAAUGUUCUGAAUAUGUAGACAGUUCAGAACCAGCAGAGAAUGAAAAUAAGUCAAACUUGUUCCAUGACGAUCAACAAAGCAGUCCUGAUCGCUGGAAUUUUGCACCACUAAAGGAGACUGAAAUACAGGUUACAGCAGUGGAUAGGGAGACAAAAUCUUCCCCAGAAGCAGUGAAGACAGCAGAUACUACAUGGCAGAUAUCUCCCCAAACUCAACCACAGACUACAAAUAAUUCUAAAUUGAAAAUGCUUGGCUUCUCAGCUGAGAGUGCUGAGUGGUGGACUGCCUCUCCACAGGAAGGAAGACCAGUUGAGAGAACAUUUGAAGGGGAGCUGUCAAAUUCAAGUGAAGUGUUACAGAUGAAUUCUUCAGUCUACCAAAAUGUGGAUGCCUGGCGACUGCCCACCCAUGGUGAUGUUGAAUCCAUGGAAACCCAUCGUACUACUCCUUUCAAGGAUAAACAUCAGUCCACCUUUCCGGAUAGUAAUGCGAAGAACUCCCAUGAGCAACUUUGGAACAUUCAACCAAAAGAACCAGUCUCAGAUGCUGAUGAGCUUAACCAACUGGAAAUAUUUGACCAAAUUAAAGAAAAGAAUUCAAGAGAGAAAGUCUUCAUGUCUUCUGCUGGUGAUGAAGUCACUUUUGAAACACAUACCGAAGAGCAGUGUCAGGAUACUGUGCUGCCAGUUGGGGAUCAGCCAGACCCAACAUUUACAGGUGAAAAUGAAUGUGUUGUAUCUCAUGUUUCAACUUUUGAGUGUCAAGAAACAAAUUGGUGGGAACAAGAAAAAUUAUACACCAGUGAAAUUACAAAUUCAAGCAUUGCCUCAGAAAAUGUCCCUGUUGUCAGUUCUCCUAUCCAACUGGUAAAGAAUCCAGGCUCAGAAUGGAAUGAGUCUAUCUCUAGUGAGGGCCCUCAAGGUAUGUUUGUUCCAGAUAUUUUACAUGGCAAUUUCCAAGAGGGUGGGCAGCUGGCCUCAGCGUCACCUGACUUGUGGAUGGAUACGAAGCAGCCCUUGAGCUUGAAAGCAGAUGGUGAGAAUCCUGACAUACUGACUCACUGUGACCAUGAUAGCAACUCACAGGCUUCCAGCAGCCCUGAUAUAUGUCACGAUUAUGAAGCAAAGCAGGAGACUGAGCACCAUAUCAGUGCUUGGAUGGAACCUGAAGUGGAAUCUAGUGAGUUAAAUGUCACAGAACCAAAGAUGGAUGAAGAGCCCAGUCAGGAGCCUGGGCAGGCAUUAGUCCCAUACAACUCAGGACUGUAUUCUCAAAAUGUCAUUCCACUGCCUGCAAUGAGUGAACAAGCAAAUGGUAGUGGCAUGUCUCAGCCUGCCUCUCAUAAAGUUUCUCUGGAACCUUCUGAAAUAAAUGAUGAAAAUGAUACAGAUUUGCAAGCAUCAGAAACAGGAACCAGCCCAGACGCAGCACCAGUUUUGAAACUUUUUGACAGAACAAUCCCAGUGAAUGAAAAUGUGGGAGCCAGUAUUUUUGUGACUCACUCAGAGCCAACUCUGGAUGGCAAUAGCCAUUUGAUAUCAGACAACUUUGCUCCUGAAAAUAAAAGAGAUGCGAGGGCCUUGCUUGUCUAUGAGCAACCUUUUAUUACUGAGAGCCCUGCCUCAGUUACUGACACUCUCUUGGUCUCAGACAUGUGUCUGGAUAUAAGCGAAGCUGCCUUUGACCACAGUUUCAGUGAUGCCUCAGGUCUCAACACAUCCACGGGAACAAUAGAUGACAUGAGUAAAUUGACAUUAUCAGAAGGCAAUCCUGAAACGCCAGUUGAUGGGGAUGCAGGGAAGCAAGAUAUCUGUUCAUCUGAAGCCUCAUGGGGUGAUUUUGAAUAUGAUGUAAUGGGCCAAAAUAUUGACGAGGACUUAAUGAAAGAGCCUGAACACUUUCUCUAUAGUGCUGACCAUCCUAUAGAGGAAGAUGUCCUGAAGCAACCUCUGGCACCAUACACUCCUCCCUUUGAUUUGUCCUAUCUGACAGAACCUACCCAGGGUGCUGAAAAGAUAGAGGGAGCUGAGUCUCCAAAGGGUGAAUCUCUAAGGAGCGAAGCCGCAGAGCUAUUGCUUUCUGCCGUGCCUGAUCGAAUGGGCAAGGAAAACCACACAGAGACUAAAAGCAUACAGCCUGGACAGCUGGUGGCGCUGCAUAUUUAUGAAGACUCUGAGUCCCUUUCUUUGUCUUUGCCUGCAAGAGAAGGCUUGAACGUUGAGUUGUCUCCAUCCAACGAUGUUGACUGGGAUGCAGAAACAGAUAAUUCUUACUCACCAGCAGGUGGAGACAUAGGACCACCAAAUGGUGCCAACAAGGGGAUAUUAGACUUAGAAGAAGAAAAAGUAAUUCCUACCAAACACCCUGAGCAAUUAAAAUCAGGAUACAAGGAAGAAAGACGCACAGAGAAGAAUGAAGAUCACCGCACACUACACAUGGAUUACAUACUUGUAAACCAUGAAGAAUAUUCGCCUCAGGGGCCAGAGGCCUGUGAAGCAAGAGAACACACAUUUGAAUUAGAAGAAUCUCACACAAAUUCUGAAGAAAUGGGGCUGCCAGGAACUCAGUUAGCAAGUUUCCCAGACACAUUUAAGGCAGCCUCCUUAAAUGAAAGACGCAACUAUUCUCCAGAGAGAGUAGUUUCCAGAGAUGUUAAGAGAUCUUCUCCUGAAAGCCCUGGGCAAGACCAGGGUUGGAUGGUCUUGGGCCACAGUGAGGUUGGUGAUCCAGCGUCAGGAGGUUCCAGUCAGCUGGAAGCCAAGAUCUCAGAGUCUGGAUGGUCUGCCGAGGCUAUGGCGUCAGCCUCAGAUCCCAGCCGGGGCAAGGGUUACCAGAUGCAGGUUCUGGGAGAAGCGCAGCGUCUAGAAUCUUUAGUGCUAGAGGAAGCCUCUGGUCUGAGCAGCCAAUCAAGGAAGACCGAGAGCCGUGGCGGGGCUGGGCCAGAUGCUGUUACAUUGCCGGCUGUUGCCCGUGACAAUGAAUGGGAAAUGCUCUCACCACAGCCUUCUCAGAAAAACAUGAUGCUUGAAGCAGAAAUGGAGGAGGAGACAGAGUUCCUUGAGCCCAGAACCAGGAAACCAAGACCAAACGGACUACUGUCAGAGGAUGUAGGAAUGGACACCCCCUUUGAUGAGGGAAUGCUGAGCCCCAGUGCUGCAGACAUGAGGCCUGAACCUCCUAAUUCCCUGGAUCUCGAUGGCACACAUCCUCGGAGAAUCAAGCUUACAGCCCCAAAUAUCAACCUUUCUCUGGAUCAGAGUGAAGGGUCUGUUCUCUCUGAUGAUAACCUAGACAGUCCAGAUGAAAUUGAUAUCAAUGUGGAUGAACUUGAUACCCCUGAUGAAGCAGACUCUUUUGAAUACACUGGGCAUGAGGAUCCCAUAGCCAACAGAGAUUCUGGUCAAGAGUCAGAGUCUAUUCCAGAAUAUACAGCAGAAGAGGAGCGGGAAGACAACAGGUUGUGGAGGACAGUGGUGAUCGGAGAACAAGAGCAGCGGAUUGACAUGAAGGUCAUCGAGCCCUACAGGAGAGUCAUUUCUCAUGGAGGAUACUAUGGGGACGGUCUAAAUGCCAUCAUUGUGUUUGCCGCCUGUUUUCUGCCAGACAGCAGUCGGGCGGAUUACCACUAUGUCAUGGAAAAUCUUUUCCUGUAUGUAAUAAGUACUUUGGAGCUGAUGGUAGCUGAAGACUAUAUGAUUGUAUAUUUGAAUGGUGCAACCCCAAGACGGAAGAUGCCAGGGCUAGGGUGGAUGAAGAAAUGCUACCAGAUGAUUGACAGACGGCUACGGAAGAAUCUGAAAUCCUUCAUUAUUGUUCAUCCUUCUUGGUUCAUCAGAACAAUCCUUGCAGUGACACGGCCUUUUAUAAGUUCAAAAUUCAGCAGUAAAAUUAAAUACGUCAGUAGCUUAUCGGAACUCCGUGGGCUGAUCCCAAUGGACUGCGUCCAUAUCCCAGAGAGCAUCAUCAAGUACGAUGAAGAAAGAUCUUAUAAGAGAAGUGUGAGAACUAGCUGCCUUUACAAUGAUCCAGAAAUGUCUUCUACUGAGAAGGACAUUGACCUGAAGUUGAAAGAAAAGCCCUAGUUGACCAUGGCUGGAAGAAGAGGAUGCCUUUGUGCAUCGUGGUCCUGCUGAAUCUCACCUACCUGGAAGAGACAGGGCUGAUGAUGUUUUUUUCCCACUUUGCACUACCUGGUGCCAUUCUAAAUUUCUAAGGGAAAAAACAGUAAGGGGACGUGUUUACUCGUCACAUGUUUUAUGAAAUUGUGUGUAUUUUCCUAUUUUGCCAAUUAUGUGCCUCAAAGAUUUUAGUUGAACCUUAGCAGGAAAGUAGGACCUUCCAUUCCGAUAUUUUGUUAUCCUUUGGUGCAGUGGUAUUUUGUCCUUUAGACCAGAAUUUACCAAUAAGACAAAUUCCUAUUAAUAAGUGUGAAUAGAUUUGUUCCCAUAGAUAAGCUGCACUUCUCCUUGGUGAUCCUUUCAGGUUGAGGUACACAGAAAAUUGUCCGCAUAUAACUCCACCAUUAAAAUCCUAAAUUUGCUUAGUAUAGUCAGGAACCAGAGAGGUGUGAAAGCUGAGUGACAGCUUUGUUAUCCUCUACAGGAAUCUUCUCAAAGGGAAGCCAGUCUUUCUAAUUCACAUGGAUUUUAUGUUAAUUAUCAAAUUGGACAUCAAUCUUUAUCUGAAUGGGCCUUCUUAAAGACUAUCAUUUCUCCAGUGACUGGUGAAGACCUCCACAAUGAGAAAUUUAAGAUUAAUGCCCAUGUUUUUGGUAGCUGUCUGUACUCCAAUCCGUAAAACUAGUUCAGUAUGUUGGUCUUUUCAUCCCAGCAUCUAAGGGCCAAGGGCUCCCUAGGUGUAACAUAGCCAACUCAGAAAUUCACUAUUUGGUGAGGCUCCGUUGUCUGAAUUGCUCUUUCACUUGCAUUAUAAAAAGUAAUCCACUUUAAAACGGUCCAAUCUGAUCACAGGUUUAAAAUUAAGUAUGAGUAUGUAGUACUGUUUACAAAACAUUUCUUUUACGGUCUCCAUAUGUCUAUCCUUAAAAUGUUAACUUAAUUUCAAAUCUAUGGACCUCUAGGACAAAAGGUCAGCAAACAACACCCAAAUCCAGCUUUUCUAUGGUCUGUGCGCUAAGAAUGGUUUUUACAUUUUUAAGUGGUUUUUAAAAACCAAAACAAGAGUAAUAUUUCAUGACUCACAAAAAUUCUUCAGAUUUCAGUGUCCAUAGCUAAGGUUUUAUCAGAACACAGCCAUGUUCAUUUGUUUACGUAUUGUCUCUGGGUACUUUUGCACAACGCAGGCAGAGUAGGUAGUCGUGAGUCCACAUGGCCCACAAAGCUUAAAAUAUUCACUACCUUCAUAGUAAAUUUGCUGACUCCUCUACUAGUGCAUAGUCUUCCUCCCUCUGUUUGUACUUAGAUAUUAUUUUCCCUAACAGAAGGACAAAUAAGACUGUACACUCAAUUCUUUUCAAGAACUGAGCAGGUAGCAGCUAUAUCUUCUUUGACAUCCACAGAGAGUAAAAUACCUGGCCUUCUGGAAAAGGCAGGGGGCCCCUAGCCACAAAAGCCCUGCUCCGUAUGUGUUUGCAAGAUCCAAAGUGAAGCCGCCUUCUAAAGAACUGUUAAUUGUUUACAUGUGUUGCUGAGGUCUUCAUCUUACUUCUGGAACCACUUCUGAGUCUCCAGUAUCACCUAUGACAAACAAGCUAGCAAAACUAAAAACGUUACGGAGAGUGGGGUUCUAUCAUAGCCUCACGGCGGUAACUUCCUUGGGAGGAGCCAUCACGGAAGAGCCUUGGGUGUAAUGAGCUCUUCAAAGUAGACACCUUUGCACAGCUGACUGAGUUUCACUGACCUCAUUUGCUUCAUGUUGGACUUUUACCUACCCUCCACCCAUACUCACACACACAUACACGUGUUAGCUCUCUUCCUUGACAAUACUAAGCCAUAGGUAUCUAUUUUCCUUCCUUGGUCUCUUUCAACUUAAGUAUCUUGUGGAACUGUGUUCUUUUGGGUCUCUACCCUUAAAGCAUCUGGUUUGCCUGAUAGGAAAACUCUAGACCCCACCCUCUGUCGCAGCCCAAAUGACGCCUCUCCCAGAACUUAGUGUUGACACAAGGACAGUAACCCAAUAUUCUGGUUUGCUGACGUGUUUAUAACUGUUGCCCUGGCCUAAUGAUUAAUAAUGCUCCCUUCUGCUCUCAGUAAUGUCCCACUUGGGAAGAUAAAUUACGUGAUUACCCUAGCCACAGGAAGUAAUGAAGAACCCAGUGUUCCAUUUAGUGGUGCAAGCCUGAGGACGUAGGGAGUUGAUCAAGGGCUCCUGUAAAGCCAAUCAGACAAGGGACAAUCUCACCAUUCACAUUUUCUGUCCAGCCUAUUUGUGGAAGACUACCUUUUUUUUACUCAGGUAGUAUGCUGUUUGAAGCUUUGUCUUCCUACAUGGCAAUGAUGGGUGUUUUUCCCAAUCAAUGGUUUUUUUUUUGGGGGGGGGCUGUUCUGUGGGCUGCAUAACCAUUCUGAUAUUUAGGCAUCUGCUACUUUAUUGUCUCUUAAAAAGACAAAUUAAGUUACUUGCACGUGCUAGAGAAAAUCCACCAUGUAAAUUCAAUCCAAAUAAAUAGAAUCCUGGAGGAAUCCUGAAAAAAAAUAACCCCUAAGCAGAUAGGUAGACAGAUGUAAACAUUCAUGUCAUCCAGCUAUCUAGCUCCUGCAUUCUGAGCAUUCUUGCUUUGGUUCUGACUUCUGGAAACUGCUUUGCACUCUUCCUGUAGUUUGUAGUUAAGGGAGCUAGAGGUCGUUAGGGCAAAAGGAUUGUUUUCCCAAUGUGGCAACUGGUCUUCAUGUAGCUUCUUGAUUAAGUGAAAGAACAAAAGUCUGCAGGGAAUAUAUUGUCAAGGACUGAGAAAGGUUUGUUUGAGGUCACUUGAUGGGUAUGGGCAGAAAACCCUAAGAUUCCUUUCGAAGCCAUACAAUGUUUUAGGAGGUCACCCUCUAAGACAUACUUUGAGAUGUGUGAGGAAGUCACUACUCCUAGCCUUCGUUAUUAGAUAUAUUUUCGGUAUUCACUUAUGGUACUAUGUUUGCAGCUCUCAUCACAAUGCCUCAGUAGUUUGCUCCCUUAGAAACACUUAGAUGUGCACAAAUUAAUCUUUUAUAUAUUUAAAGGAUUUUCUAUCAUGUAUCAGAUGAUGCCAAAUAAAGUAUCUAUUAGACCAUGUUUGGGUAAAUAAAGAAAUUCUCCAUAAAUAGUGUGGAUUAAUAAUAUAAAGAUAUGUAACAACACAACAUACAUAUAACCUCUCUGUACAAUUCAGAAAUAAAAAUUAAUUCCACA